AUGGACAAAGAAAUCAAUAAAAUAACAAACCACCUUCAAGUUAUUUUAGAAAUCAGCAAAGAAAUCGAAUCGAUUUAUACUUUAGUCGUUUUAUGUCAAACAAUCGUUUCUUUAAUCGUUUUAUGUACGUGUUUGUACAUGAUCUCUUUGGUUGAAGCUUUCAGUUUAGAAUCGGCAAAAGAAUUAGCUUACAUGUCAGCAGUUGGUUGCCAAACUUUUCUUUAUUGUUAUUUUGGAAAUAAAGUUAGGAUAAGUAGUGAAAUGUUGCCGUUGGCGAUUUAUUCAAUGGAUUGGUUAUCAACCACCACAUCAUUUAAAAGAACGAUGAUUAUUAAUAUGAUAAGAAUGCAAAAAGGGAUUUAUUUUACAAUUGGUAAAUUUACACCGUUAACUUUAUCGACUUUUGUGCAAAUUUUAAGAGGUUCUUAUUCGGUUUUUGCUGUUUUAAAAAAUUCUUCAUCGUAA